CUAUCUUACCUUAAUCUUUCAUUUCCAUCCGUAUUGUAUUCCUAAAUAAUAAUUGUAAAAUAAUAGUCACGUUUUAGAAAAAUAUUGUAGCAAAGCAGAAAGGGGUUCUUUCUCGAUUCGUCCUUAGAUUCGUUCUUAGAGAAGCGGAAAAUCUCGUGCGAAUAUCACGUGCCGUUGGUAUGAAUGUAGCAGUCAGCAUAGAUUCGGAAAUUUGUCAAAAUGCCAUCGAGAUGUCUUUUAUGGUCACGGCCAAUUCGCGGAGCGUUUCUCGAAAAAGAUUGGACUUUUUCCAACAUUCCGUGCUGAUUAAACGCGCUUACGUCGGAUGACGUUGUCACUCAAUGCUUUUCUUUUUUUUUUACCGCUUUAUUCUUUUCGGUUCUAUUAUAAGUAUUGAAGUAUGCAGAGGCAAACGAAAACUCGAAGAAAAGAAUCUUUACUCGAAGAAGAAAAUUAUCUAUCGUGUACUACACACACACUUUUUCUAGUAACUGUUCGUUCAUUCAAUCAAAAUCAUUAUUUGGAUAGGCAUAGUUUCAUGUAGGAUUCUAUUAUUUAUAAGAUAGAAUGUGUUACGUUCAUUGAAGCCGUUGAUAGAUUUUAUGCUCAGAAGCCUCCUAAGGAAACGUACCUAACGUAGCGUUUUCGCGACUGUUACUCGUCAUUUUCCUUCGCUCAUUUCGCGACCGUUCAGUCAAAUGUUCUAAUCGACUAUAUGAAAAGAUAUUAUUCUCGUUGGUUUUGCGCCGCGCAUACUGAUAGAAAAUCGAGUUAAGAAUAGACGUAUUCGGGAACGUUAAUUCAAGUGGAAUCUUUGGGAGCAAAGGUAGCCAUGUUCGACCAGUAUGCAAACAAGCACAAAGACGCGCAGAGUAAAAAUCCAUUUACAGCCGGCUUGAAUAUCGACAAACCUAAAUUCUCCAAAGACGAAUACGGAAGGCCAACUGCGGGAUCUCUUUCGGAUAUACGCGGUCGCAAAGCUAACGCACAUAUUCUUCGAGAAAUUUUGGAAUUAUGCGAUGUCAUUCAUCAAAAUGGUACGCCAUGUCGCGAUCAACCGGACGUCAUCGGCAUCACGUUUGGCGAUCUCUUCAACAUUUACACUAACAUCAGCGACAAAUGCGUUGGUCUUCUUUUAAGAGCCAGAAAACAGGGUCUCAUUGAAUUUCAGGGGGAAUGUCUAUUCCAGAGAAGGGACGACGACGUGCCAAUAUUCCUGGUGAAGCCCAUUGGCGAAAUACGAGAGGACUUUAAAAGACGGAUUCAAGAGAUCGCUAAAGAAAUACCGAUCAGUUAAUGUUUACCGAAUUUCUACGCGAUGCUUUCAUCGAUGGAUGCCUCCUCUGUUGGUGCUUUUCCUGUCAGAGAAUCCGAUACAUUCGUUCGUGCCGUUUUACGGCGUGAUUCACACUAUAAUGUAUUUAUUGUAUUUGUCAAAUUAUUCGCGACAUGCCAAUGGAAAAUAUUAAUGAUCGUUAUGAGAGACGUGCUGCUGCGUGAGUGCGAUUCGAUGUAAAUAUCUCGCGAAAAAAUCGAUUCUGUUAAUGUGAUAUUACGCCUAAAUAGAUUAUUAGAUAUAAAUGAAUUUUUAC